AUGAUCCAAGCCAUUGAGCAGUUUUGCCAAGAAAAGAAGGAGAUGGUGAACAUGAGGGUGGGCGUCCACACAGGGACUGUACUCUGCGGUAUUCUUGGCAUGAAACGGUUCAAAUUUGAUGUUUGGUCCAAUGAUGUUAAUUUGGCCAAUCUGAUGGAGCAACUUGGUGUGGCUGGAAAAGUUCACCUAUCGCAAGCCUCUGCUCACUUCCUGGACGACCGAUAUAAAUGUGAAGAUGGUCAUGUCAUCGAGAGGUUGGGACACAGCGUUGUGGCAGAUCAGCUUAAAGGCUUGAAAACCUACCUAAUCUCUGGCAGAAAGGUGGAGCUUCUGUCUCAGUGUAGCUGCACGCAGUCUGUGGGGUCAGAACAUUUGGACCAGAGUGUGCACUCCUCGAACAGCGUCCACAGUUCUCCUCACAGCGUCAAGUCCCCCUGCCUGUCCUGUGGCGCGGCCUUGAUCCCCGGAGAAAGUCUGGCAGCAGAAGAAGGACUCGUGCACACCUGCCAUGAGGACCUCAAGGCCAACAGCAUCAAGGACUGUUCCAAUCUGGAGGGUUCACCUGCCAUUCCAUUGGGGAUCGGUCCAAAGGCUCUGAACGGUCUGCUCAGCCCACGCCUGGAGGCCUUGAACAACAGCCAGACGUCGCUGUGUGAGAUGCUUCAGGAAAAGGAGAAGAAGACGUGGAGCGGAGGGGCGCUGGGCAUGGACCACUCCGCUCUCAUCCCACUGCGAUCCAAGAACUUUAGAGAGAGGAGCGACGCACACUUUGUCGAUGUUAUCAAAGAGGACAGCCUCAUGAAGGACUAUUUUUACAAACCUCCCAUAAACAAGCUGAGCCUCACCUUCCUCGAAAGGAGCCUGGAGUCUGCUUACCGGAUAAGCUACCAAGAGGAGGUUGACAGCCAGACAGCAGUGCAGACCUUUGCCACCCCAACGUUCAGUUCCUUCUUGGACAUGCUGUUGUGUUGCCUGGUGUUCUUGGCUCUGUCUGUGGCCUGUUUCCUCAAACCCCUCAUCAGCCACCAGAGUUUAUCCACGUCGUCUCUGACUAUUACGGCCGUGGCUGCUCUGCUGGAAGUGCUGGCUUUACUCUUCGCCAUACGAAUGGCCUUCUACCUGGAGAGAGCCCUGCCCUGCACCAAGUCUCUGAUGAAGCUCAUAUCUGGCUGGAUCCCUCGUCACUUAGCCGGAGCUGCACUGGUGUCUCUGCCUGCGGUGGCUGUCUUUUCAAAUGUCACCUGUGAUAUGUACAUGUCAAUUCAGUUCACCAUGUUCAUCUGCUACGCUGUGAUCAUAGCAAUCAUUCAGUUCUGUAACUUCUGUCAACUCUGCUUUUGGAUGAGAUCAAGUCUGGCAACGGUGACUGGUCUGGUGCUACUUGGCCUUCUCUUUAUGCUACCAUGCCAAGUUUCACAAAAUCUUGGUAACACACUCUGGUCUCAAGGCUAUCUCAAUGACAGCAACAGUACACUGGUCAUCUCAGACAGACUAGGUCAAUCUGAUGUGCAGCUGGACUCCAAGAAACUGCUUGGACCAGAGGCCUGUGUGGCCUUUUUCCUGCUCCUGGUCCUCGUCUGGUUCCUCAAUCGUGAGUUUGAGGUCAGUCAUCGUCUGCAUUAUCAUGGAAAUGUGGAAGCUGACCAACACCGCAUCAAGAUUCAGAACAUGAGAGAUCAGGCCGACUGGCUGCUUCGCAACAUCAUCCCCAUUCAUGUGGCAGAGCAACUAAAGGUUGUGGAUGACUUUAACAAAAACAUGCUGGGCUUUGGCUUCAAGCUUCGCAUUGGAUUCAAUCAUGGACCCCUUACUGCUGGUGUGAUUGGCACCACAAAGCUUCUUUAUGACAUCUGGGGGGAUACAGUCAACAUUUCCAGUCGCAUGGACACCACAGGGGUGGAGUGCAGAGUGCAGGUUAGUGAGGAGAGCUUCUGUGUGCUCAGUAGCAUGGAUUAUGAAUUUGACUACCGAGGAACUGUAAAUGUUAAAGGGAAAGGUCAAAUGAAGACCUUCCUUUACCCUAAGAGCAGUGAUAGUGGCCCGGUACCCCAGUAUCAACUGUCUGUAUCCCCAGAGAUCAGGGCACAAGUAGAUGGUAGUAUUGGGCGAUCUCCCACAGAUGAGAUUGCCAGCAUGGUGCCCAACUCAAACAUAAAUACAAGCAGCACUGCUGCAAUGGUUCCCAGUGCUAGUGCUGGCUCAUCAGCCAUGGCAGGGCUUUCUCUCAUGAAAGAUUCAGGACAUCGGGCUACAAGUGAAAAGAGACCUUCUCCAGAGGUGUCGUUAACCAGGAGAGGCUACCUUGCGUACGUGCACAUGACGCUGGUGGGCCACAGGAUGGCUGAUAAUCUGCUGGAUGUUGGACCUCCUACAGCAAAGCGACCCAAGCUUAACUCUCCGCUCUCAGGAUCAGAUGGCCCAGAUCUUGUUUCUCUGUUUGACCUGGAAAAUGACCUACCUGAUGAGCUUAUCCCAAAUGGAGAUUUGUCCCACAUGGGGUUCCCUUCCAGUGGUCCAGGAGGCACUGGGGCUCCUGUCCUCAACUCUGCCAUCCCAGAUGCAGCAGCCAAACACAAACAGCUAUCAGAACUACUGCGACCUGGAAGCUCCUCCAUCCUGGGAUCACCACAACAGGGGAACAUGGGGGGAAAUCAGCUUGGACCUGUUCUAGGUAAAAGUCCUCUUGGACACGGAUCUCCAAAUCAUCCGUCUCCACAGCCACAGAAGGGUCCUGCGACAGGUCCAGGCAAUGGCUUUAACCAAGCAUUAAUGAACAGUGGGCACGGAGUUAUGGGCCAGACGGGGCAGGUAUUGAACGGGGCUCUAGGGGCAGCAGGCAGAGGAAGACCAGGUCCUGGGAUGCAGUAUCAAGGCCAUGGGACACUUGGAUCUGCGGCUGUGGGAGGUGGUGCUCUGCCAGAUUCUUUGACACCAGGAGGACUGCACAUGGGCCCCCACACUGGAAUGAACUCACAGCAAACGGGAGGCAUGAACAAGAUGGGGAUGUCAGGAAGUCUCUUUGGCCAGCAGUAUGGACAAAGUGGGCUUCAGCAGAUGACCCCUGCAGGAGUCAAUGCCCAACAAUUACAAAAUAAAGUGGCUCUGGCAAAUAACCUCAGCCAGUUUUCUGGAGACCUUAAGGGGUCUUCAAAUACCCUGAACAUGACUCAGCAGCAGGCCGCAGUCGGGGGCGGGGUGCCGGGGGCUGGUCCAACAGCAGACCCAGAGAAACGCAAACUUAUCCAGCAGCAGCUGGUUCUGCUGCUUCAUGCCCAUAAGUGCCAGCGGCGGGAACAAGCCAACGGAGACAUGGGGGCCUGCAGUCUGCCCCACUGUCGCACCAUGAAAAACGUCCUCAAUCACAUGACCCACUGCCAGGCGGGAAAAACCUGCCAAGUGGCCCACUGUGCAUCGUCCAGGCAGAUCAUCUCCCACUGGAAGAAUUGCACACGGCAGGACUGCCCCGUCUGCUUACCUCUGAAAAAUGCCAGUGACAAAAGAAGUCAACAGGCUCUACUCAACUCUCCUGGAGCAGGAUUGCAGAGUUCUGUCAACAAUGUAGGCCCUGGCCAGCCUAAUGCUACAGCCAUAAACAGUGCGUCCACACAUAUGGACCCUAGUUCCAUGCAGAAGGCUUUUGAUGCUCUUGGUCUGACCUACGGGAACCAGCCCUCAGCUCAGGGCCAAAACCAAUCCCCGGGAUCACACAACCCCCAAACUUCCCAGCAUCACAAUAUGAACUCUAUAGGUGCUAAUCCAAUGAGUAAAAUGGGAGGAGGCAUGGGUUUCCCAUCUUCAGACCAGACUGGGCUGCUCCAAGACACUCUACCUGCUUCUCUCAAUCAGCUGAUGCCAGAUGGCUCUUUAACCGGAAGUUUGGGAAACCUGCCUGCUGCUACGCCUCUUGCAUCCUCUGGGGUUAGAAAGCCUUGGCACGAGCAUGUCACUCAGGACCUGCGCACUCACCUGGUGCACAAACUUGUACAUGCCAUCUUCCCCACCCCAGACCCACAAACACUUAGAGACCACCGGAUGGAGAACCUUGUGACAUAUGCUCGUAAAGUGGAGGGAGAUAUGUACGAGACUGCCAACAGCAGGGAUGAGUAUUAUCACUUUCUUGCUGAAAAAAUCUACAAAAUUCAAAAGGAAUUGGAAGAGAAGAAGCGGCUAAGGAUCCAGAAGCAGCCUGGUUUACCUGGUGCUGCUGGUCCUCAGCAUUCUGGCCUGUCACAGCCAAAUGGCAUGGGUCAGGGGCAAGCUGUUCGUGCUCCCAAUGGGCCUGUUGGCAUGUCCAAUUUACCAAAUCAAAUGAUGAAUCGAAUGCAAGGACCUCAAGGAAUGAACCAGUUAAAUCCUAUGGCAAUGCAAAAUUCACAGAUGUCUCAGGGAGGACACGGCCCUUCUAUGAACCACCCACAGCAAAUUAAUCUGAACUCCGUCCCAAUGAUGAACUCGAGAAUGCCUCAACCACAAGGAAUUGCAAGUAGUCAUCCUAACAACAUGAUUGGGCAGCAAGCUAACCAAGGGCAAUUUAUGUCCCAACAAAGCCAGUUCCCUACAGCACAAGGAGGGUCAAUGAAUGUGAAUGCAAACCUAGGGCAGACGAUGCAAAAAGCUCCCAUUACACAGCAGCAAAACUCAAAUGUUCCCUUAAAUUCAAUUGGCUCCUAUGGGACCUCAAUGCCUAGUGGUUCAACGGUUCAGGCCAGUCUCGGUAGUACCCCGUCCCCUAAUGGUUCUGCUGGACUACAGUCUCAGCAGCAGAUGCAACAUCAUCCUCCAGCAUCAACUCAGAUGCCCCAGCAGCCUUCUACCCCAGCCUCUACAGGGGGCCCAUCCUCUACUCCAACCCACAUCCCAAACAACCUGCCCGGACCUCUGUCCGCUGCAGGAACACCGUCUGAGCCUGUCCAGCCGCUCACUCCACUUCAUCCUCCACCUGAACCACCCACACAAAUAAAGCAGCCGCUGUCAGCCCAGGCACAACACCCCAGCACCCCAUUGUCUCAGGCAGCUGUGAGUGUUGACAGAGUCCCUACACCUGCUUCUGUGGCUGAACAGCCAACUCAUCAGGCCUUACCUGAGGUAAACAGUACUGAACCGAAAUCUGAAGUAAAACAUGAAGAGGGCGACACUGUCUCCAAGGAGUUGGACAUAAAAACUGAAGAGGAGGAAACCAAGCCCCUCCCUAUAAAGAAGGAAGAGCCAGAGACCAUAGCACCAAAGCAAGAACCAAUGGAAACGGAGGAGAAAAAAGUAGAGGUGAAGAAGGAACCCAAAGAGGAGGAAGACAGUGAGGCGAGCGGCACUUCGGCUGCUUCUGCGAACCGUAAAAAAGUCUUCAAGCCAGAGGAACUGCGACAAACUCUCAUGCCAACACUGGAGGCUCUGUACAGACAAGACCCGGAGUCCUUACCAUUUCGACAACCUGUAGACCCAAUGUUCCUUGGCAUUCCUGACUAUUUUGACAUAAUAAAGAAUCCAAUUGACUUGUCAACAAUUAAACGAAAACUGGACACUGGUCAAUAUCAGGAGCCUUGGCAGUAUGUGGACGACGUAUGGCUAAUGUUCAACAACGCAUGGCUGUACAACCGUAAAACCUCACGAGUUUAUAAAUACUGCACGAAACUGGCAGAAGUGUUUGAGUCUGAGAUUGACCCUGUCAUGCAGAGCUUAGGCUACUGCUGCGGACGCAAGUAUGAGUUUUCACCUCAGACAUUGUGUUGCUAUGGCAAACAAUUGUGCACGAUAUCCAGGGAUGGCACUUACUACAGCUACCAAAACAGGUAUCACUUCUGCGAAAAGUGCUUCAGUGAGAUCCAGGGCAAUAGUGUAACACUGGGUGACGAUCCGGCACAACCCCAAACUAUGAUUGCAAAAGAGCAAUUUGAAAAGAAGAAAAAUGACACUUUAGACGCUGAACCUUUUGUUGAAUGUAAAGACUGUGGGCGUAAGAUGCACCAGAUCUGUGUGCUGCACUACGACGUCAUUUGGCCCACAGGAUUUAUUUGUGACAACUGCCUCAAGAAGUCUGGAAAAACAAAAAAAGAUAACAAAUUUGCUGCAAAAAGAUUGCCGCCUACAAGAUUAGGCAGUUAUAUUGAAGACAGAGUCAACAAAUACUUAAAAAGACAAAACCAUCCCGAAGCUGGGGAAGUUUUUGUGCGAGUGGUUGCCAGUUCUGAUAAAAUGGUUGAUGUAAAACCUGGCAUGAAGUCUAGGUUUGUAGACACAGGUGAAAUGGUUGAAAGUUUCCCUUACAGAACCAAAGCACUUUUUGCAUUUGAAGAAAUAGACGGGGCGGACGUUUGUUUCUUUGGGAUGCAUGUUCAAGAGUAUGGCUCUGAAUGUGCCUUUCCAAACACCAGGCGGGUUUACAUUUCAUACCUUGACAGUAUUCACUUCUUCAAACCACGCUUGUUGAGAACUGCAGUAUACCAUGAAAUCCUGAUUGGUUACCUGGAGUAUGUGAAGAAACUGGGGUAUGCAAUGGGUCACAUUUGGGCAUGUCCGCCCAGUGAAGGUGAUGACUACAUCUUUCACUGCCAUCCAGCUGAUCAGAAGAUCCCCAAACCCAAGCGGUUGCAAGAGUGGUACAGAAAAAUGCUGGACAAAGCUUAUGCGGAGAGGAUUCUUCAUGAUUAUAAGGAUAUUUUCAAACAGGCAACUGAAGAUAGGCUUACAAGUGCCAAUGAAUUGCCAUAUUUUGAGGGAGACUUUUGGCCCAAUGUUUUGGAGGAAAGCAUUAAGGAGCUGGAACAAGAAGAGGAGGAAAGAAAAAAAGAGGAAAACACUGCCUCAUCUGAGACUGUAGAGGGAGCUCAAGCUGACAGCAAAAAUGGCAAAAAGAAAAAUAAUAAGAAAACAAACAAAAACAAGAGCAGUGUCAGCAGGGCAAACAAGAAAAAACCUGGGAUGCCAAAUGUAGCAAAUGAUCUGUCCCAAAAGCUCUAUGCCACAAUGGAGAAACACAAAGAGGUAUUUUUUGUGAUUCACUUUCACCCUGGGCCAGUGAUAAACACUCUGCCCCCCAUCUCUGACCCGGACCCUCUGAUGUCCUGUGACCUCAUGGACGGCCGUGAUGCUUUUCUAACUCUGGCCCGAGACAAACACUGGGAGUUCAGUUCUCUGCGGAGGACCAAGUGGAGCACUAUGUGCAUGCUGGUGGAGCUCCACAACCAGGGCCAGGACCGCUUUGUUUACACCUGCAAUGAGUGCAAGCAUCAUGUUGAGACCCGCUGGCACUGCACCGUUUGUGAGGACUAUGACCUAUGCAUUAACUGCUACAACACGACCAAACAUGAGCACAAGAUGGUCAAAUGGGGACUUGGAUUAGACGAUGAUGGCAACAGUCAGAGUAAUGAGGCCUCAAAGAGCCCACAGGAGAGCCGUCGCCUCAGUAUCCAGCGCUGCAUCCAGUCUCUGGUUCAUGCCUGUCAGUGCCGCAACGCCAAUUGCUCUUUGCCAUCCUGCCAGAAGAUGAAGAGGGUUGUUCAGCACACCAAGGGCUGCAAGCGCAAGACCAACGGUGGCUGUCCUGUGUGCAAACAGCUAAUUGCUCUAUGUUGUUAUCACGCAAAGCAUUGUCAGGAGAACAAGUGCCCUGUGCCUUUCUGUCUCAACAUCAAGCAAAAAAUCUAUCAACAACAGAUGCAGCAGAGGUUCCAGCAAGCACAGUUGAUGCGGCGCAGAAUGGCCACCAUGGCUGGACGCAUGCCCAUGCCUUCACCACCUACCUCAGCUGUCGCUGACGCUCCCAGCGCCGGACAGCAGCCGAUCACGCCUCAACCACUCCAGUCGAUGCCCAACCAGCCAUCACAACAGCAGCCACCACAUGCUGCAAACAUGGUCCAAGGCUUUCCCAACAGUGGGCGUGUGAGCCAGCCCUCCACACCGGUGUCUCAUGGUAAACCCGGCUCCUCUCCGCUGCAUCAGCAACAGUCUCCUCUGCCCAACAUGUCGCACCAACAGCACCAACACCAACAGCAGCAGCAGCCACUGCUCGCAGCUCUAAAGGUCGCCAAGGAGAUCGAAAUGGUUGUGAAAGCAAAGCAGCAGCAGCAGCAGCAGAAUUAUACCAUGAAUGGGAUGCCCAUAAACCACCCUCGAAUGAUGGGAGCAAUGCAGGGGCAAAUGCAAGGUCAGAUGCAGGGUCAGAUGCAGGGUCAGAUGCAGGGCCAGAUGCAGGGCCAGAUGCAGGGCCAGAUGCAGGGCCAGAUGCAGGGCCAGAUGCAGGGCCAGAUGCAGGGCCAGAUGCAGGGCCAGAUGCAGGGCCAGAUGCAGGGCCAGAUGCAGGGCCAGAUGCAGGGCCAGAUGCAGGGCCAGAUGCAAGGGAAGAUACAGGGGCAACUGCAAGGGCAACUACAAGGGCAGAUGCCGGGGCAGAUGCAAGGGCAGAUGCAAGGGCAGAUGCAAGGGCAGAUGCAAGGGCAGAUGCAAGGGCAGAUGCAAGGGCAGAUGCCGGGGCAGAUGCCGGGGCAGAUGCCGGGGCAGAUGCCGGGGCAGAUGCCGGGGCAGAUGCAGGGGCAGAUGCCGGGGCAGAUGCCGGGGCAGAUGCAGGGGCAGAUGCCGGGGCAGAUGCAGGGGCAGAUGCAAGGGCAGAUGCAAGGGCAGAUGCAGAUGAUGCAGGAUAUGCAGGGUCCACGUGGUCCUCAUGUGAUGCAGCAGGGGCAAUGGGGGAUGCAGAAUCCCAUGCAGGGACCCCAAGGUGUUCAAACACAGGUUCCCGGGCCACAGGGCUCCAUGGCUCCACAGGCUCAAGUUGGCCAGAUGGUCCCACAGGGUCAGCUGCAGGCUCAGCUGCUGCAGAGGCCCAUGAUGACGCAGCAGAUGCCUGGUGGCAUGAAUCCUCAGGGGUCUUCGCAGGGAAUGACUCCACAGCAGCAGAACAUGCCUCGGGGCAUGCCAGGGAACUUUGCUCCAAGUGCUUUGCAGGAAUUAUUACGCACCCUCAAAUCACCCACAUCACCCCAGCAGCAGCGACAGGUCCUAAGUAUCCUCAAAUCCAAUCCUCAACUCAUGGCGGCUUUCAUCAAACAGAGGACUCUAAAGUACCAGGCCCAGCAGCAGGGUCCUCAGCAGAGCCCUCAGGUCAUAAUGGGGGUCCAGGGGGGGAUGCAACCGAUGACCAACCAGGUACAACAGCCUGGGGUAUCCCCACAGCAGCCCACACCACAGCAGCUCCCCGGACCUCAAGGGAUGGUGCCUAUGGGGCCACAAGGACAAAUGAUGAAUGCUCAUCAAAAUGGAAACCCUCAACUCUAUCGACAGCAGAUGCUCCGCAUGCAGCAGCAGCAGCAGCAGCAGCACCAACAACAGCAGCACCAGCAGCAGCAGCAGCAGCAGCAGCAGCAAGGGGGAAUGCAUCAGGCUCAUGGGCAAUUUUCGCAACAGCAGCCGGGACCCAACUAUACCCAGCUUCGAAUGCAGCAGCAAAUGGCUAUGCAAGGAGGAGGCAAACCCAUGGGCCAACUACCGCUUACAUCCCAAAUGGGCCAACCUGGAAUGGGCCAGCCUGGUAUGGGCCAGCCUGGUAUGGGCCAGCCUGGCAUGGGCAUUGAAGCCCACCAGACUCACCAGACGCUCCUCCAGCAGCGCAUUCUUCAGCAGCAGAUGCUGAAGCAGCAGAUGGGAUCUCCGGUCCAGAACAGCGCCAUGAGCCCCCAGCCCCACAUGCUCCCAGGUCAGCCCCCUGGGGCCCACUUAUCUGGACAGAACAUGGGCCUGGGAAAUCAAGUUCGCUCCCCUGCUCCAGUUCAGUCUCCUCGGCCACCCUCACAGCAGCCGCCACACUCAAGUCCUUCUCCCCGAAUUCAACCACAGCCCUCACCCCAACAUGGACCCCUUCACUCCACCUCCCCCCACCCAAGCCUUGCAGGACCCAUGUCUGGCUCUAUGGAACAAGGGCACCUUGGCACACAGGAGCAGAGUGCCAUGCUCCCACAGCUCAACACGCCCAACAGGGGGUUGAGCAAUGACAUGAAUUUAGGGGGAGAUGCCACAGGAGACACUCUAGAGAAAUUUAUUGAAGGGUUGUAG